AUGGCAAAGGCGGCAUCUUUGGCGGACAGCUUAGGGAAGCAUUUAGAAUGUGCAGUGUGUCUUGAGCAGUACAAGGAACCUAAAGUUCUACCCUGUCUUCACUCUUUUUGCAAAAGAUGCCUACAAGGACUUUUGACUCGAGAGGAAGCAAAGUCGAAGAUAAGUUGCCCAACAUGCCGCUCGAGCGCUGAGGUUAGUUUAUUUGAAACAAAGCUCUAGCUGUUUUCAAAUUUCUACCGAUGUUGGUGACGCAAAAUUGUUCUUAAUAUGUACAAGUCCCACGAAUUACGAGGAAAACAAGUAAAAUACAUUUUUUGCUUCUCGGAUUGGAGUUUGGAUACACACCUAAUGUUUUGACUUUUACGUACAGUCCUAGAAACAACGUUUUCGUGUAGCUAGGCUGCAAGACAGUUCUUUGUUCACUCUCUCAUGUAUAAAUAUCUAAUAGAAGAUUUUUAUUGUUUCACCCACACUUCGAAACCAUACAGUGGGGCGACUCAACACAGUUUUUUUAAUCCUUUUCACUUUACACGUGAGAAUCUUUAUCAUGAGAUUAUAUGCAACUAAUAAGCUUUUGAAGAAAAAGUGCAAGGACAAGCUAAGGAAAGACCAAAAGUCAUAGAAAGUUGUCAGUAGAAAUUUAGUCUUUAUUCGUUGCGCGCGUGAUCACAGCGCGCGGCUCAACGCGGAAGUCUUGAGCAUGCGUACUAAGGCAGCAACAACAUCUUAAAAUCUACUUAUUAAAAUUUAACAAAGUUUGGUGAAGAAUCCUUUUCCUAUUUUAAGUAGUGAAGGUUACUAAAAAUAUCACGAGCUGUGUGCAAAAUUAUAAAGAAAUUUAAUAAUUGGAUUAAUUUUGCAAAAAUCCAAUAAAUUCAAUAUGUCAGGCAUGAUUAUCAUCAAGCAUGUUACCAUGGCAAUGACCAAAAUCUUACUUUUAACCUUAUAAAUGUCAUGUCUCAUAAAUAUAUUUUUGCCAAAUGUUAAAUAUUUAUACCUGUGACAAGUCUUGAAUACAACCUCAAUGAAUGGUAACAAUCAAGAACCUUUCAAACUGUGUUAACCUACCUUUACUUGCGCAAGAUAUUAAUAGCUGAAGGCAUUAGGCAUUUGUUAGAGUGCUUUUUGAAAACCAUAUUGUUAUGAUUUAUUGUGUGCAGAUUCCUCAAGGAAAAAUUGAUUUGCUACCAGCCAAUUUCUUUGUCAACAACUUAUUAUCUGUGGUUGCUCUUCAUGAAGAUUCCGGUGGUUCUUCUCUUGAAUGUGAUAACUGUGAAAGUGGAGAUCCACCAGUCAAUAGAUGUGCAACUUGCUCAUAUUUCCUUUGUGAGUUUUGCACUAUAUCUCAUCAACGAGGGCGUAACACCAGGUCUCACAGUUUGAUGACCCUGGAAGAAGCAAAAAAGAUGGGAUCAGCAGCUGUAACAAAGCCAGUAAUAUGCAAAGAACAUGAUGGGGAGGUGAUAAAAUUGUUUUGUAAGACAUGUGAGGAAGCUAUUUGUAGAGACUGCACCAUCGUAAAGCAUCGUGAUCACAAGUACACUUUUGUGAAGGAUGCCUUUGCAGAGGGCAAGGAAAGCCUGCAUAAAAUUCUGUCUGACACAGAAACAAAAGCAACUGCUCUCAAGGAGGCCAUAGAUGGUGUCUUGGAAAUGAAGGGAAAUGUAAAUUCUUAUGCAGUUGAUAUUGAACAAGAAGUUGAAAAGUGUUUUAAGAAUCUCAAAGCUUGCCUUAAUAAUCGUCGUAGCCAGUUGAUCACUGAAAUUAGAAAAUUUAGUGAGAAAAAACUUAAUUCUUUACAAAGUCAGCAAGAAGAACUGGAGACAGCUUUUGCAAAGGUACAAAGCAGCUUGGAUUUCACCAAAAAGGCACUUGAAAAUGGGAGUGAAGUUGAGAUCUUAAACAUGCAAAAGCAUGUUUCCAAUCGAUUGCAGGAUUUGAACUCUACCAAGUGGCAGCUGGAACCAUGUGUUAAUGAAGGCAUAAAAUUUACUGAUGACAAACAAUUGGAACAUUAUAUUAAAACAUUUGGAAAUGUUACUGACAAGGUUUCUUUAACUUGUGCUUUUUUGUCAACAGUAACAAUGGAAAAUGGAGAGGAAGGUGUGAUGUACAAUACACUGUCUGGACAGCCAGUGAACUUUAUUAUUAAUGCAAAGGAACACACUGGGAGAAGGCAAAUGGAAACAAGUGAUGUCUUUAACGUGUUAAUAACCCCUGUUAACUCACAUUCCGGGAACACACCUGUGAAUCAGAAAGUACAAAACUGUGGAAAUGGUACAUACAGUUUUUGCCAUACUCCAACCCAAGCAGGCCAUUACAAGCUCUCUGUGCAGCUGAGGAAUGGUCAUGUUAAGGGAAGUCCGUUCACAUGGAUUGUUGAGAAGUGGACUCUUACAACUUUUUCUCCAAAGGGCAGUGAAGGUCAAUUACAAUUACUUGAAGAAAAUAUGACAGCUCAGUACAAUCAGGAAUCCUUCAGAGGUAGGACUCAUCAACCUGUUUAUUAUGAAUACGGUCACAGUUCUUGUUCUGACAGAGGAUCCUACAUCAAUGCUGUGGGUUAUGUUGGUUUUACUAGUGGGAAACAUUUCUGGAAGUUUCAGAUUCAUGGGGAGCUCUCGUUUGGUGUCAUCACCAGUAAAGGAAGCAGUCAUAGGAAAAUGUUGCUCACACAAAAUAGCAAGUGGCUGUGGAAUUCUAGAAAGCAGCAACAUACAAUGUGGUCAUAUUAUGGUGAAGAAACUUCAUGUGCAAAUGGCAACAUUGUUGAACUCUACUUAGACUGUGAGCGGGAGACAUUAAAGAUGCACAAUUCACGUACUGGACAAUCAGAUGAUUGGGAUGGAGUGAAAGGAGAAGUUUCACCAUUGUUUCAGUUGGCCAAAAAUGGAGAUAGGGUUUCUUUGAAGAUAAAAAAUGUACUGCAAACAAAUGAAGCAUGUGCUACCAGAAGAGACAGAAAUAUGCACAUGAUGAACCAAAUAAUAUUUCAAAAACACCACUAA